GGUUUCCUCAGCUUAUCUUGUGGAGGAACUACCACCUUCAUUGACUCCUCCAACAUCUCAUGGAUUCCCGACACCGACUACAUCGUUGCUGGAAACACGUCGACGGUCGACAACAGCAAAGGCAGCUCCUCCUCCAACGACCAUGUUCGAUUCUUCCCCGACCCCCGAGCGCGAAAAUGUUACAAGCUUCCUCUGAAAAACAGCUCCUCAUCAGUUCUCAUCAGAGCUCAGUUUGUGUACAAAAACUAUGACAAGCUUGGGAAGCCUCCAACUUUCUCUGUUUCUAUUGGGACAGCCAUAACUGCCACUGUGAACCUCAAUUCUCAUGACCCUUGGAUUGAGGAGUUUGUAUGGUCAGUUAACAAGGAAACUGUCUCCUUCUGUUUGCACUCCAUUCCUCAGGGUGGCAGCCCUCUGAUAUCUUCGCUCGAACUCCGGCCGAUGCCACGGGGAGCGUACGGCAACGGCUUGCUUCCGAGUCAGGCUCUUAGAAAGUCCUACCGAAUCAACUGUGGUUAUACUAAUGGAUCUCUAAGGUACCCGAGCGAUCCAUACGAUCGGAUCUGGGACCCAGACAGCAACUUCAAGCCAUUCCAUGUGUCAUCAGAGUUCAAAGUUGAGGCAAACUUUGAUUCCAUGGGAGUGAAGGAAGCUCCACCAGCUGCAGUGGUUGAAACAGCCAGGGUUUUGGCGAGAAGAGAUGAACUGAGCUACAACCUCCCAGUUGAAAAAGAAGAAGGAGAUUACUUUGUGAUUCUUUAUUUUGGUGGGAUUCUUGCUGUUCAUCCUUCAUUUGAUGUUUUGGUCAAUGGGAAAGUUAUAGAAUCAAACUACACUGUGGAAAUUGGAGAGAUGAGGGCUUUGUAUGUCAUUCAACACCAAAUCAAGGGCUUCUUUAAUAUCACACUCAAGACUGUUAAAUUCUACCCUCAAGUCAAUGCCAUUGAGCUCUAUCAAAUUCUUCAUGUUCCUUUGGAAGCUUCAUCAACCACAGUUUCAGCCCUUCAAGUGAUUCACCAAUCUACUGGUUUGGAUUUGGGAUGGGAAGAUGAUCCAUGCUCUCCAAAAACUUGGGAUCAUGUUGGAUGUGAAGGCAACCUUGUUACAUCUCUGGAGCUUUCCAACAUCAACUUGAGGUCCAUCGGUCCGAUAUUUGGCGACAUUCUCGAUCUCAAAAUAUUGGAUUUGCACAACACUUCACUUUCCGGGGAAAUAGUAAAUUUGGGCAGCCUCACUCAUCUUGAAAACUUGAACCUGAGUUUCAACAAGCUAACAUCCUUUGGGUCGGAUUUGGACAACCUAAGCAACCUGAAAAUUCUGGACUUGCAGAACAACAGUCUACAGGGAAUUGUUCCGGACAGCUUGGGAGAGCUUGAAGAUCUUCACCUAUUGAAUUUGGAGAACAAUAGACUAGAAGGCACUCUCCCAUUAUCUUUGAACAAAGGAAAUCUUGAAAUCAGAACAUCAGGAAACCUAUGCCUAUCUUUCUCCACAAUGACAUGCAAUGAUGUUUCAUCAAACCCAGCCAUUGAAACACCACAAGUCACAGUGGUUCCUGAGAAGAAAGAAAUUAGCAGCCAUAACAACAACAAUCAUAUGCCAUUCACAAUCAUCGUUAGUGCAGUUGCAGCAACUCUGCUAGUUCUUAUCACUCUCUCUCUCUCACUUCUUCUUUACAUGAGGAAACAUUCUCAUCACACAACUGAGCUCACAUACUCAACAAAGGCAGCCAUGGAGCUGAGGAACUGGAACUCUGCAAAAGUGUUCUCCUACAAGGAGAUAAAGGCAGCUACAAACAACUUCAAGGAGGUGAUAGGCAGAGGAAGCUUUGGAUCUGUCUAUCUUGGAAAGCUUCCCCAGGGAAAACUUGUGGCUGUCAAAGUAAGGUUUGACAAAACCCAACUUGGAGCGGAUUCCUUUAUCAACGAGGUUCAUCUGUUGUCUCAAAUUCGUCAUCAGAAUCUUGUUUGUUUGGAAGGAUUUUGUAACGAAUCGAAACGACAAAUACUUGUUUACGAGUAUUUAGCUGGUGGAUCCUUGGCUGACCACAUCUAUGGCAUGAACAGAAAAAGUGUUUCACUGAGCUGGAUUAGGAGACUCAAAGUUGCUGUUGAUGCAGCAAAAGGAUUGGACUAUUUACACAACGGAAGUGAACCAAGAAUAAUCCACCGUGAUGUGAAGUGUAGUAACAUCCUUUUGGAUAUGGAAAUGAAUGGAAAAGUUUGUGACUUUGGCCUAUCCAAGCAAAUACCACACCCUGAUGCAACCCAUGUCACUACUCUCGUCAAGGGCACUGCUGGUUAUUUGGAUCCCGAGUAUUACUCGACUCAACAGCUAACUGAAAAGAGUGACGUGUAUAGCUUUGGAGUUGUUCUAUUAGAGCUGAUUUGUGGACGAGAACCUCUGAGUCACACUGGAACUCCAGAUUCAUUCAACUUGGUGUUAUGGGCAAAACCAUACUUGCAGGCAGGAGCAUUUGAGAUAGUUGAUGAGAGCAUGAGGGGAAUGUUUGAUGUGGAAAGCAUGAAAAAGACAGCUCUCAUUGCUAUAAGGUGUGUUGAGAGAGAUGCUUCUCAAAGGCCUAAUAUGGCACAAGUAUUGGCACAGCUUAAGGAAGCUUAUGAUGCACAAAUUGCAUAUCUUUCUACUUUUGACCAUUGAGAUCACUUUAUUUUUGGUGGCAAUGUCAAAGGAAUCUUAUUAUCUUUUUAUUUAUACUCAUAGAGAGAGAGAAAAAUUA